AUGGACAAAGUGUGGCGCGUGAGGAAGGAACUGGAAAUACUGAUACCGUCUCACCUUUUCGAUUAUGCCGAACAGCAGAGGAUUGGCUAUUCCACAUACCUCGAAAGCCACUCGGUCGGCGAGGAACAGCCCAAUCUCCUGCCUGUUGAACUCUGCACUCGCCUUAUCUGUUGCAUUGCGGGCCAGAUACAAACCGAGCACCAAGUCGAGUUGCUUACUCUCACAUGGGAUCAUCUUCAAUCCACAAUCUUGGGAGAACUUGACAUUCACGCCUUAGCGGUCGCCCAGUCGACUGACCGCAGCGUACAACAGAGAAUCAUCCGAGGAUACUUUGAUGCAUUUCUAGUUACUGGCAUCAUAGGGCGUUUGAAACCAUCUGGUUUACACAUCCAUCACGGAGAAAAGGCAAUGCUUCACGGCGUGUUUGGGGGACAGGGAAACACGACUCGCUAUUUUGAUGAGAUCCGCAGCGUUUCAUUGACCUAUGGGGCCCUUGUCGAUGAUCUGUUGGAGACUCUGGGCCACCAUCUGCUUUCUCUAUCCCGAGACACGCGGGUAUCAGAGCAGUACGCAAACGGGAUCGAUGUUCUACAAUGGUUGCGCAAGCCUGCGUCAACACCAACCGAGAAUGAUCUUUUGGCAGCACCUGUUAGUUUUCCACUUAUCGGUCUAUUACAGCUGUUGUAUUUCAAGGCCAUUCUCUUGUCGCUCGGCCUGACACCAGCCGAAAUCCCUAAUGUCUUCAACGGACUCAGCGGGCACUCCCAGGGGGUGGUGGUGGCCUGCGCGCUUUCUACUGCAUCAGACUGGCCUACCUUUCAUGAUGCCGCUCUCAAAGCUGUCACCAUUCUAUUCUGGAUCGGUGCUCGAUGCCAGCAGCAUUUCUCUAAAGAGAACAUCUCGCCGCAGGUUGCACAAGAGUUUCUGUCUGCUGGCUAUGGCCCAACAUCGCCUAUGCUUGCAGUUUCUGGGCUCUGCCGCCGAGAACUGGAACUUGCUAUCACCCGAACCAACGAGACUAGUCCACCCGAGAGAUAUGUGACACUCAGCCUCACCAACACCGACUCUCAGUUUAUCGUCAGCGGAUUUCCACGAACAUUGGGUGCAUUGAUCCGAAUCCUGGAAUCAAUAGCCCCAAAGAGUGUUUCGUCCCGAGCACGAAUACCGCACUCCCAGAGAAAGCCAUCUGCGUCAAUGAGGUUUCUUCCCGUCACAAUUCCGUCCCAUUGCAAGUUGCUCGAUGCAGCUAUCCCUGUCAUCGAAGAAGACCUGCAAGGAUGCUUUUUAUCCACUUCUUCUUUGAGGCUGCCCGUCAAUGCCCUACUUGACGGGUCGUCUCUGACUUCAUUGGGGCCGCAUCAAAGAGACCUAGUCCCACGGCUGAUCCGAAUGGUUGUCUCUGAGCCAGUAGACUGGCCGCUAUGUGCUUUUACCGGUGUAAGAAAGAUAGUGGAUUUUGGUCCGGGGGCCUCAACUGGUGUUGGACUUCUUACUCGGCGCAAUCUGAGAGGGAAUGACGCUCGGGUCAUUGUCGCAGGAACUCUAGGCAGCAACAAAGAAUCCGAACUAGGCUCUCUCGUCGAGCUGUUCUCGAAUGAAGGUGUGCCUCUUCCGAGAUUCACAGAACCAUACCGCGUCUCUGUCGUCAAAACAGCCGCUGGUCCAAUGAUCGGAUCGAAAUUCAGUCGAUUGUUCGGCUUGCCCCCUUUCCUCAUUGCCGGUAUGACACCAACGACGACACAUCCUGAGUUUGUGGCGGCGGCCAUGAGAGCAGGAUAUCCCGUCGAGUUUGCGGCUGGCGGGUACAACAAUGCCGAUUCUCUCCGGUCCGCGUUGUGCAAGCUACGUGACAUGAUGCCUGCAGGCCGAACGAUAACCAUUAACAUCAUUUAUGUAAGUCCAAAGGCGCUGGCGUGGCAGAUCCCCUUGAUUAGACAACUACGUGCAGAAGGGUUUCCCCUGACCGGCAUGACUGUCGGCGGGGGGGUGCCAUCCCUGGAAGUUGCAACAGACUACAUAACGACACUAGGGCUGGACCACGUAUCGUUCAAACCAGGAUCUGUCGCGGGAAUCCGGCAGGUCAUUGAAAUCGCAAGACGAAUUCGACCCUUUCCCGUUGUUCUGCAAUGGACAGGCGGCCGUGGCGGAGGCCAUCACUCAGCGGAGGACUUUCAUGCCCCCUUAUUGGAGACUUACGCCGCCAUCAGGACUUGCGAAAAUAUCGUCUUGGUUGCUGGCUCUGGCUUCGGGUCUUGCAACGAUGUCACGCCCUACCUGACUGGCACCUGGAGCAUGGAUCAUGGCCAAAGAUCGGCUAUGCCUGUUGACGGCGUUUUGUUCGGCAGCCGCGUCAUGGCGUGCGCUGAAGCUUACACUUCUCAAGGCGCGAAGCAGGCCAUCGUGGCUGCUCCUGGAGUCGAUGACUCCGCCUGGGAAGGCACAUACCAGAAAGCUGUCGGCGGGGUCAUAUCAAUAGUGAGCGAAAUGGGGGAGCCCAUGCACGUCAUCGCGACCCGUGGCGCUCAACUCUGGGCUGAUCUGGACAAGAGUAUCUUCUCUCUGGAAAAGAACAAGCGGGUGGCUGCACUGAUGAAGAGGAAAACUGAGCUCAUCGCACGUCUGAAUGCCGACCACCAGAAGCCCUGGUUUGGAGAGAAGUCGGGCGGCCGAGCCUGCGAUGUGACAGCGAUGACAUACGGCGAGGUUGCACGCAGGCUGGCACGGCUGAUGUUCAUGAAGCAUAUGGAUUGUUGGGUUGACGAAAGCUAUUCAUCACUUUUUGCGGACUGGCUGCGGAGAAUUGAGGCACGCUUCGCCAACAGCAUGAGGCAGGACGAAAAUAGCUUUGUUGACGACAGCGCAAUAUCCCGUCAGGGCCCUGAUCUUGUACUGGAAACAAUUCUCCGAACAUUUCCAGAUGCUACAACGUGGCCAUUAUACUCUGAGGAUCAUGACUACUUCCUGCAGCUCUGCAGCCGGCCGGGGCAGAAACCAGUCCCAUUCAUACCUGUCCUGGACGAGAAUUUUGAGCGAUGGUUCAAGAAGGAUUCUCUCUGGCAGUCGGAACAACUCGAGGCGGUCCUCGAACAGGAUGUUGGCCGCCUUAUCAUCCUGCAUGGGCCGGUUGCGGCUCGCCACACGCGCAAAGUCAAUGAGCCUGUGGGUGAGGUUCUUGACGGAAUAAACCAUGGUGUGAUCCGACAUUUCGUUGCCGCAGAAUACGAUGGAGACGAGUCUCGAAUUCCUUUCGAAGAGUUUCUCAAGCCCAAUGACUUCAACGACAGUGCUCAACGAAUCCCUAACACGCCACAAUCAAUUUCAAGCCAUAGCCCGCAAGACGACCUCUGGGUAAACGCAUUGCUCAGGUGGCGAUCCGUGCUGCGAGGACGCCAUCUCGUGGAUAAUCCCAUUCGGAAGCUACUCGAAUUUGCGGAGGCAGACAUGAUCGAAUCUAACAAGAGCUCAAUCUCAUUGUAUGAAGGGGGAAGGAAUGAGCCAAGAAGGUUGCUUAUGCAUGCUUCGAAGCGUGGCAAGGAUAUUACAUGCCUCCUCUACACACACACCACCGCCUCCGGUCAAUCAGUGCCACUAACCCUGAAAUUUGAAUAUCAUCCAGAGACCAGCUAUGCACCUAUCUGGGAGAGCUGGUCGGGCCGUGAGGAGAGCAUCCGCAACCUGUACUGCCGCCUCUGGCGUCAUGUUUGUCCAUCAACGGAUUCCCUGGUGUUCGAGGACAGAUUUCGUGUGGAGAGGUCCCGAGUCAACGAGUUCAACAGAGCCAUCAAUGCAUCUUUGGACAAAGUUCUACUGGACUUUGCUAUAGUCCCGGCCUGGGGGGCAAUAUGUGGGGCUCUGUUGCAUCACCCAACACAAGGCGAUCUGCUCAACCUCUUAUUUCUCUCGAACAUGUACGAAGUCCACACCACAGCCAGCCCGAUGAAGAUUGGUGAUGAGCUCGUAGCUAGGGCUCGAGUGACUUCUGUUGCCAUUGAUAAUGCAGGAAAGACCGUUGAGAUUGCGUGUAAACUUCGGCGGACUCCUUCUGGACCAAUUCUGGUCACAAUACUGUCCCGAUUUCGAUACCGCGGCACAUAUACGGAUUUUGAUAGCACUUUCACUCAAAGGGUCGAACCGCACUACGAACUCAAACUGUCAUGCACCGCGGAUGUCGCUGUUCUCGACUCCAAGCCGUGGUUUCGCGUGGAUGACCCAAGGACUCUUGACAAUCUCAACCUCCCCGAUGUCACCUUAGAAUUCCACUUGCAGACACAUACGAGAUGCAGCAGUGUUAAUACUUCAGGCAAAGCCUAUGCCAGAUCCGAGGAUGGCGAGCUGACUCCAAUCGCGACAAUCGAACUCUGCCAGAAUGACUCGAACCAAAGUCCUGUCCUGUCGUAUUUGCUUCGACGUGGCCGUAUAGUAGACAGCAACAAGGUUCACCGGUUGUCCCCUGUUUCUCCAGCCCAGGUUAGCUACAUACGCGCCCCGACCUCCAACGAACCUUACUCGGCGGCGUCAGACGACUUUAACCCGAUUCACACCUCACCGUCUUUUGCACGGCUUGCAGGCCUCCCCGGAACCAUCACACACGGUAUGUACUGCUCUGCAGCAGUUGCGCUGGUUUUGGAAAACUACCUUGGCGGAAAAAGGCGAGUCAUGAAGUACCAGGCGUCCUUUGCCGGCAUGGUACUGCCAGACCAGCUACUCAAAGUAUCAAUUCGUCACACGGGGAUGCAGGCUGGCCUCGCAAUUUAUGAUAUUGAGGUCCAAGAAGCAGAAAGUGGAACCAGAGUCCUUACAGGCUCAGCGCUGGCGACCCAGCCCGCAACCACUAUUGUGUUCACCGGACAAGGCAGCCAAGAAAAGGGGAUGGGUAUGGAUCUCUACGCCUCAUCAUCAGUUGCCCGGGGUAUCUGGGACAUAGCUGAUGCUUACUUCUUGGAGCACCUUGGAGUCAGCAUCCUCAAUAUCGUUCGAGACAACCCCAAGGAGAUAAAAGUUCAUUUUGGGGGAGCACGGGGUCGUGAGCUCCGCCGGAAGUACAUGUCAAUGCAGGAUCAAGUCCAAAAUGCAGAGGGAAAGUUGGAGCCAAGGCCACUCUUUCCUACGAUCAAGGAAGAUACCAUCGAGUUUACUCAUACGUCGCCCAAGGGAUUGCUCUUCGCUACGCAAUUCGCACAGCCUGCACUGGCUAUCAUGGAAAUGGCCGCGUUCAGGGACAUGCAGGCUUCAGGCGUCGUCGACACCGACUUUCGUUUCACGGGUCAUUCACUGGGCGAAUGGGUGGCGCUGGCCUGUGGAACUGAUUUUCUGUCCUUGGAGGAGGUGCUGAAGUUCUUCUUCUAUCGCGGCAUGACUAUGCAAGGCGCAGUGGAACGCGACGCGUUUGGCCAAAGUGCCUUCUCAAUGGUGGCGGUAGAUCCAAGCCGGAUGGGAAAAGAUAUCGACGAGUCUGCCAUAGAGGAGCUGGUGCGCCAGAUUAGGGUCCAGACGGGGUGGUUCAUUGAGAUUGUCAACCGCAACAUACGCAACAGCCAAUACGUCUGUGCCGGAGAUUCACGAGCGCUCGACCUUGUACAAAAAGUGGCAGACGACAUAAAGGCCCUCGGCAGACCGGGAGAGGGAAAUAUACGUUUUGAGUCACUUAUCAGCCAGAAUGCUCGUACUUAUGGCGGGCUUACGUCUACAAGCAUCAGCCUUCAACGCGGUGCUGCCACGAUUCCCUUAGCUGGUAUGGAUGUGCCGUUCCACAGCUCCAAGCUCCGACCGAAAAUGCAAGCCUGGAAACACAUGCUUGAAGGCAUGGUAGGGGCAGAGUGCUUCCAUCCAUCGCAGCUGGUUGGGAGGUAUGUCCCAAAUGUGACAGGAAAGCCAUUCAGCAUCAGCCAGGACUACUUUGAGCACGUCUGGGCGACCACCCGGUCUCAACGCCUCAGGGAGGUACUAGACAAUUGGGAGAGCUGGGUGGAGCAGGUGCAACGAGACAGAAGGACCUACUUUCCCGGGUCGUCGCAGGUCAGAGCGCUGACUAGCCAGAACAGCCGACAGAUCUGCUGUUGA